UGGAAGAAAGUGGGCGGCAAAGAAAGCUGUGGAAGAUGCAAAGGCUGCCCUUCGAAUUGGUGAUAUCAUGGGGCAAGUUCAGCAUGGAAGAGGGGGUCUUGGUUUCAGUUCAGCUCCUCCUACAUGGCACAAGGCAGCCCCAGCACAAAGGAGGAAGCUGGUAGUCAACGAGGUGCAAAAGCAGGAGGAGAGGAUGAGGUGUAUAAAGGCCAUUUCCCAGGCCAAGCAGGGAGAAUGGAUGAGAUGGGAGAGUGUGGAACGACGCAAGAUUGGCUGGCAAGACCUAUGGUCAAUGGAACAGAGCAGGAUCAGUUUCCUCAUCAGGUCAACAUAUGAUGUUCUCCCAUCACCACAGAACCUAAACCUCUGGGUAGGAGAGGAUCCCUCAUGUCCUUUGUGUUCAUCACCUGCAACAUUAAGGCACAUUUUGACAGGAUGUAAGGUGGCUCUUAGCCAAGGACGGUUUACUUGGCGCCAUGACCAGGUGCUGCGAUGUUUGGCCUUAGCAUUGGAAGACAAGCGUAACAUGACCAAUAAGUUGUCACCUGUUCCAUCAAAACAUUACACACAAAAGACAACAUUCCUCCGUCCAGGAGAGCAACCACCAAGAAAAGGUGUUAAAACCAAUUCUCGCCCAGGACAACUGGAAGCUGCUAGAGACUGGAAAAUGCUGGCAGAUGUUGGUCAACGGCUUAUUUUUCCACCUGAGAUUGCCACCACUAACCUUCGACCAGAUAUUGUCUUGUGGUCUGGAUCAGCACGCCUUGUUCACUUGGUAGAGUUAACAGUGCCAUGGGAGGAUGCUGUAGAUGAGGCGUAUGAGAGGAAGAAACUGCGGUAUGCUCAACUAGCCACUGAAGCGGAACAGCGAGGAUGGAGAGUUCGGGUUUACCCAGUGGAAGUGGGUUGUCGAGGAUUUGUGGCACACUCUACAACCCGGUUUCUCAGAGACGUCGGAUUCAGUGGCCAAGAGUUGCGUCGCACAGUGAAGAACUUAUCUGAAGCAGCAGAGAGGAGCAGCAACUGGCUGUGGUUGAGACGGAAAGAUUCUGGCUGGGGAUCUCAAGCACAAUAGAAAGAAAGAAACGCUGAUGUACAGGUAAGUAAGCUGGGCUGAGUUGAGUAGGGGACGGAGGGGGGUGAUGCUGGGACGCCAGAAUCACCAUCGAGCCCUCUUGAGGUGUCGUGGGCUAGUCGACGAAACACUGAGGAUGGAAGGUGCCCACUUGAAAACCCCAGAGAUGUACCCUACUUGGCUCAAUCCAGACGGUUGUCAUGCUGAUGCGCUGGGGAGGCCGCACUUUGGUUGAUCCCCGGAGCCAGCAUCGCAGCCGUUGUGUGUGCUGAUGCGCCAGGGAGGCAAAAUAAGCUGAUCCCUGGAGCCAGCAUUACACUUCAGCCAUUAACACCAGACAGAAGGAUAUCUGCAUCAUCAUAUGGAAGGAAACGUAAAUGGAUGGAGACACAUAUGGAUCACAUUAGUUUACUGUAAAGCUACGUUUUAGUUGGUGCUUAUCUUGGCGAGAGCCGAGUUCAACUCAGCAUGAAGUUUUAACAUCUACUCUCGUGUAAUGGAAAUCAUUACGCUCCAUGUUUUUCGAUUGCAGGCAGCGGCCAGGAGAGACUGUGCGGGCCUUUAUGUUACGGUUAAGGGAACUAGCCCAGCGCCUGCAGCGUCGAGAUCCCAGGGGCCUGGAACAAGUGGAUCGGCUCCUUCGAGAUCAGUUUCUUCUGCGCAUGUAUGAAGGGGAUUUGCGCCAGGAAUUGAAGCGCCAGGUGCGCCGAGAUCCAGACCUCACUUUUGACCAGGUACGGAGGGAGGCGUUGUACCAGGAGGAAGACCAACAAGGUGAGGGAUGGCAGACACCAGUUUGUUCUACCACAGGGAGACUGGGACUCUCUCAUCGGGAACAGACAGAUUGGAAACAGGAGCUACGGAAGGAACUACUGCAGGAGAUGCAUGACCAGAUCUCAGAUUUGGGAAAGACUCUGAGUGAAGAGCUGAGGCAAGGUUUUCGAUCCCAGAGGACCAAUUACAUGGAACGCUUUUCCCAACAUGGUAGGGAACCGUGGGGAGGGCCAGCUGCAAGUAGAGGACCAGCACCUGCAAGGCCGGUACGGGGAACACAGCCGCCAGUGGCAACCUCCGGGCCGGCAUUCCAAUGGGACAGUCAAGGUAGGCCUAUCUGUUGCAAAUGUGGUGAGAGCGGUCAUAUCUCACGUUACUGUAGAACAGACAAUAACCGGAGACCCCCUGAAUCUUCAUCUGCGGUGGGGUUAGUGACAGGUGACCCUUCUCAGAUCAAGCCCCAUACGGUAGUAGGGGAGUGCCCUUAUGUCCGUGUUCUUUUUGAUGACAAGCCUGUAGACUGCUUAUUGGAUACAGGGUCGCAAGUUACUUUGAUGACGGAAGAUUUUUAUCGUCGACUAUUUCCGCAGCAACGAGUAGGAGCAAGAAGUGAUGUUGGAUGGCUUACUUUGCGCGCUGCGAAUGGUUUAGAGAUCCCUUAUGUUGGAUAUGCCCUGAUGGAUAUAACUGUGGGAGAUGUUAAGUUGUCACAGCAGGGCGUAGUGAUAGCUAAGGAUGGCACUAGAGGAACUACAGAUCCCCCGAUUUUGGGAAUGAAUAUUAUUGGCUUAUGCUGGAACACCUUGUUUUCAAACCCCCAGGGUCCAGCUGAUUUUUUGUCAACCCAGCCGAGGAGGGCUUGUCAGGCCUGGGAGAUUGCCUUUGAGGAUUGUCGGCGGGUCCAAGCCUCUAUGAAGACCUCGAUACUACAGGGGACAUUACGGCCAGCCUAUAGAAACCCAGUGAAGGUCCCUGCUCAGAGCGAGGUAGUACUAUGUGCUCGGGUGCCCUCAUCAUUGAGAGGAGGUCAGAGUGCUUUGGUGGAACCGUUAGAUGCCCGGGAUUCUGUUUGUGCAGCAAGAGCCUUGACAGUGGUACAGAAGGGGCGUGUACCAGUAAGAGUAAGGAACUUAAAUCCUUUUCCUGUCUGCUUCUAUCCGUAUCAACAGAUUGCUACUUUGUUCUGGGGGCUCCUUGAGGUCCGAGGGCCUGACAUCCAGACAUUGACGGAAGUGAGCCCAGGAGUAGUGGAGGUUGGAAUGUGUCAGACAGCCCAAGAACCCAGUAAGGACCUGACGGCGCUGGAGGCAUUGUCAAUGGAGGGUAAUGGGUUGUCAACAUUUCAACAAAGGCAACUGUUGGCCCUAUUGCAGAAGUGGGAAGGGGUCUUUGCUGCUCAUGAGGAGGACUACGGGCGUACUGGAGUUGUAAGUCAUGUGAUCCCUACAGGGGAUGCUGCCCCCAUUAGAGAGCGAUAUCGACCUAUACCCCCACUGUUGUACCAGGAAAUGCGUGGUUUGCUGGAAGGAAUGUUGACUUCUGGGAUUAUUAGAGAAAGCACAAGUCCAUGGGCAGCACCAAUUGUAUUAGUCCGCAAGAAGGACGGAACCCUACGAUUUUGUGUGGAUUACCGCAAGUUAAAUGCGGUGACCCACAGGGACCCACAAGUCUAAAGCCACUUACUAUUCUACGAUGGACCUGGCCAGUGGAUACUGGCAGGUUGAGGUUGAUGCACGGGAUCGAGAAAAGACUGCCUUCAGUACGCCUGUGGGAUUGUUUGAAUUUGAAAGGAUGCCCUUUGGGCUUUGUAAUGCUCCAGCUACAUUCCAACGUUUAAUGCAAAGUUGUUUGGGUGGGUUGGUUUCUGAGUCUUUAUUAGUCUAUCUUGACGAUGUGAUUGUGUUUUCCCCAGAUUUUGAAACUCACCUUACUGAUCUGGAGGCUGUGUUCGAGAGAUUGGCUAAGUAUGGUUUAAAGUUACGGCCCGCCAAUUGUGCUCUGUUUCGGGAGAGGGUGAAGUUUUUGGGACACUUGGUGAGUGCAGAGGGGGUGGCACCAGAUCCUGACAAGGUGGCUAGUGUUCAGGAUUGGGUGGCACCUAAGACUGUCCGUCAGGUGAGGUCUUUCUUAGGUUUCGUUGGGUAUUACCGCCGUUUCAUUGAGGGAUUUGCAUGUCUUGCCAGACCAUUGCAUGCAUUAUUGGUAGGAACCUCCAAUAAGGGAAAAAGACAUUCUGGUCCUGUGAACUGGACCCCAGCAUGUGAACAGGCUUUUAAGGUCCUGAAACACAAACUGAUCCAAGCACCUAUACUUGCCUUCGCGGAUUUUACUCUGCCCUUUCGAUUAUAUACUGAUGCCAGCAAAGGGGGGUUAGGGGCAGUGCUGGCCCAAGAGCAAUGAGGUAAAGAAAGGGCUGUGGCAUAUGCAAGUAGGAGCUUGCUUCCAGCGGAACGUAAUGAUGCAAAUUACAGCUCUUUUAAGAUAGAAUUGCUCGCUCUUAAAUGGGCAGUAACAGAAAAGUUUAAAGAUUAUCUUUGGGGAGCUGUUUUUACGGUAUUUACAGACAAUAACCCACUCGUGCAUUUACAGACUGCUAAAUUGGGGGCAGUGGAACAGCGCUGGGCCGUACAAUUGGCUAAUUAUCAUUAUGAUCUGAAGUACAGACCCGGGAGGGAAAAUGUAAAUGCAGAUGUACUGUCCCGAUUACCAUUGCAGGGAGAUCAUGAUGGAUUAGUGCAUUUUGUAGACCCAGGGGUAAUAACUGUUUCUUGUAAUACCCAGCAGUCUAUUUGGGAUCCACACUACUGGAGGGAGUUACAAGACAAGGAUCAAGUCUGUAUACGGGUACGGAGGUAUGUGGAAUGAGGAGAACCACCUACAGUCGUGGAACGGACCGAGGAAACAGUAGAAGUUAUUAGGCUUUUGCGUCAAUGGUCUCUGCUACAGUUAAGAGAUGGCGUGAUAGUGCGGUGUGUACAAGAUCCGGCAACGCAAGAGGUAUACUUGCAGGUUUUUGUUCCUUUGCAGCAUCGUCGGGCAAUCUGGGAAGUGUACCAUGUUCGGUCAGGACACCUAGGGGUGGAUAAGACUCAGUCCGUCCUUCGCCGGAGCUUUUAUUGGCCCCAGAUGGAGAGGGAUGCUACGCAAUGGAUGGCGAGUUGCGAGCGGUGUGUUCUACGGAAGGCACGAUUGGAAGGUAGGGCCCCACUGGUGCCAAUUGUCACCAAAGCCCCAUUGGAAGUCCUUGCAGUAGAUUACUUGACUUUAAGUAGGCCAAAUGAUACUUACCAGUACAUUUUAGUCGCCACCGAUUUGUUUACCAAGUAUGCUUGGGCUAUUCCUACACGAGACCAGACUGCCGUUACAACUGCUAGAGCCUUGUGGCAAUACAUUAUUCAGCCAUUCGGACGCCCAGAGAGGUUACAUUCUGACCAAGGGGCAAAUUUUGAGUCUAAUUUAAUUAAAGCCCUUUUUCAUUAUUACGGCUGUAAGAAAAGCCAUACUACCCCAUACCAUCCACAAGGGAAUGGUGCUUGUGAACGAUUUAAUCAGACUCUGCUAAGUCUAUUGGGUAUGUUGGAAGUAGAGCAACAGGCACGGUGGGUCCAACAUUUGCCAGAAAGGGUACAGGCUUAUAACAAUACUAUACAUGCCUCCACAGGAUAUACCCCCUUUUUCCUGAUGUUCGGGCGUAAUGCACGACUCCCUGUUGAAAUGACAUUGGGUGUUUGGAAUGGAAGGGAACGAGUAACCACCGAGGAAUGGGUUCAGCAGCAUCAUGAGUGGUUAGCACUGGCCUAUGAAAAAGCAGGGGAGCAAGUAAGGAAGGCCAGUGCUAGAGGUAAACAGCGGUAUGAUCGGGGUACACAGGCCUUGUUGUUGUUGCCAGGGGAGAGGGUAUUGGUGCAGAACAGUCGAUCUAGAGGGCAAGGAAAACUGGCUGACCGUUGGGAUGGCCAGCCUUAUGUUGUUGUAGAACCAGCCAUGGAGGGAGGGCCAACUUACCGGAUACGGCCAGAGGGCAAGGAGGGACCAGUGCGUACUAUGCAUCGAAAUAGGCUUCGUGUUUGUACUUUUCAACCAUAGGACCUCCCAGUACAACCACCACAGGACCCAUUGGACGUUCCAAGUGAUGUCCCCCCUAAGGUCUCGAUGGAAGAAUGCCUUCUGUUGUUGUGGAGUAGUGGAUAUGGGCUAGUCCCACCUCUGGUACAAGAAGGUAUACAAGGAGUUCUAGAUGAGCAAGGGUUGAGACGCUCAAGUAGGGAGAACUUGGGAAGGUUACCUGUACGGUAUAGGCAGUAAAAGAAGCAAUAUUUAUGGUUUCCGAGGACGGAAAUGAUGAAGUAGGGGAGAAUGUCACAGGGUGACUUAAUGUUUAUAAUUUAUUUUUUUGUUUUUUAGCACUUUUAUUAUAGGUAUUUUAAAGCACAUCAUAGGAUUAUUGUAUUAGUUUUAUAUUAAAGGAAAUGAAAGUUUAGGAACCAUUUGAUUGCGAAUAACAACCACGUUUAUAAUAUACAAAUGUUUUGGGAGACUUUCACGAUAUGAUUGGACGUUUGUUAAUUGUUUUGUAGCUGCCAGAGGUACACACAGUAAGACUGCACGAGUUAUUUGAGUGAGUUGUUUUGAGCACGUUUUAUAAAAUGUUAUAUUGGUUUGGUAUUUUAAGUUCGAUUUUGUUUGACUUGGAGUGAAUUGUAUGCAUUACAUUUUUAUUAUUAUGAUAGUAUGUACACGUUUUUUUAUUAUAUUAAAUUCGGUCUUACCUUGUGUCUUGGUAUGAAACGGCGUCUAGGCUGGGAAGGAGCUGAGAGCGAGUGAUGUCACUUCCAGUGGGAGGUUUUAAGCAAUUUCCGCAAUGAUGCUGGGAAAUGUAGUUUGUAUAAAUACUGUUAAUGGGUCUUGCCAAUUGAUUCGCUCUGGAUAGUUAAGGGAGGAGUUUGAUGGAUAUAAAAGAGCGGAGAUAGAGACAACGGGCAGAACUGCCAGAGACAGGGAGUGUGCCACAGAAGAGAGCCAGAGAACCAGAGAGACGGCAAAGGAGAGCUGCAAGAGCCACAGGAGUCCCCGAGAGAGCAGAGAUGUGGAGAACAGAGACCGGGAUCCAAGAGGAAUCUUCAAGACUAAAUGUAUUAGUAGAACAAGCAGGCUGUACUGGAGAGUGGACUCGGACCAAAAGAGUGCAGUUUAAAAGGGAAGUAGCCGGACCACUUUUAAUGAUUAGUACAUUGCCUAAUAGGGUUUAUGACCCGCUUGCUGUUUAGGGACCCUAGUGCACCUUUAUAUUUUCUCUGCUAGAGUGAUACCUGUGUUUUUAAAAGGAGAUAAACCCAAUAUUUGGUAUUUGUCUGCAACUUGUAAUUUAUGGUUUUUGCACCUGUUCUAUUGAUAUAAAUAUCUAUGAUAGAGAGUGGUAUUUUGGGGUGUUGCUUUUUAAAUUACCUGUGGCUAUAGGUUGUGCUCUUAAAUAUAUGGAUUGGUAUAGUUAACUAUAAAGAAGUAUAUUUUAAUCUCUGCUGGGGUGUUCUGUAUACUGCAUAAUUGUGAGUCACUCAGUGCUGUUGCUUUUUUUUCUGUCUCCAGGGGGGGUGCCUGCCACAUCCAGGGAGGAGCUUGGCACCAGUGUGGGGGGGUUACUAGCUACACCUUUUCCUGGAGCGGUUGAUGAGGAUCCAGUGGUGGCUAUUGUGACUUUGGCCUGAAAUUCAUUUCUUUUGUAUACUUUUGCACCCUAGCAAAGUAGUGGGUGCUUUUAUUAUUUUCUUUUGAUACUUUGUGCACUAGUAAAUUGGUGUGUGCCUUGUGUUUUUUUAAUUUUUAUUUUUGGUAACCCCUGGUACUAUAGAAAUUGUAUUAUCAUAUUUUAAUGAUUUUAUAAGGAUAAUAAACAUUGUUUAUUGCGAAAUGGUACAACUGUCUGCCUUUCUUGUCAUGGUUGAUCUGUUCUGAGUUCCAACUGGUCAUAAUUACGAACCUGUGUUGUUUUUAGUGUUGCUAGGGUCCUAGUGCCCCAUAUAUUUAGUCACUAGGUGGCGUAGUUGGCUACUGUUUGAAUUUAAAUCCCAAAAGAGUGUCCCGUGACAAAGGUGGUGGGACACAGCUGAGUGGGUGGUCUGGAAGAUACCGGUAGCAAGGACACACAUGCUGACCGAUACUACCAAUUGCUCACACAGAACUUGAUUACACAAUUUUGUCCUGCCCAGGUCAUCAUGCAGCAUAUGACAGAGAUAAUUCAGCAUGUCCCGCUCGAGAUGGUACCUGGACACAAUUUGUUCAUUAACUCUUCGUACAUGUGCCGGGUCUGGUACACACCUUCAGCAUAUCUUUGCCUGUUGGCAGUGCUCCAGGUUUGCUGGCUCCAGCUCAAGAGUGGCUCCAGUGGUUCAGUGCCAGCUCCAGGCUGGCUCCACGUUCUUAUGCAAAUUAGAACAAAUCAGAACAGCUGAGAAAAUGACAAAAAUGAAUGCAAGACAUGAUAUUGAAGGGAAUUUAUUUAUUUAUUUAUUUAAAGGACUGAUUUCCAAUCAUUCAUUCUUACUGUGAUUUCAAAUACAGAUAAACCCACUUAAUAUCACUCUGUUUUCUCACAAUUUUUCUAAACCCACAUCACCCUGUAGCAUGUUCUUUAAGAAACAACCUCUAUUGAUGGUACCAAUCUACUCAGAGAAAGGAUCCUCGGAGGUUCAGAAUCAUUUAAAUUAGAAAGGAAGGGGCAGAAAUCAACUAAAAAAGAAAACAGAAGGGAGGCCACAUCAAAACAAGAGCAACAACUCAGUGUCGCGGUGAGCCAGAGCCUAACCCGGCAUACACAGGGCGCAUAGAGGGCAAUUUAGAGUGACCAAUCAACCUGGACAGCAUGUCUUUAGACUGUGGGAGGAAACUGGAGUACCCGGAGAAAACCCAUGCGAACACGGGGAGAACAUGCAAA